ACCUUUCUGAGCAGGCACACGGAACCAGAGCAUAGCAAGCAACUCCACUCCAGGAUUCCUUGGCUUCUUGCAGCUUGUGGUGAAGGAAGUCACUGCUUUGGUCAGGACAAGGAGGAUGCGCGACAUAACUCUCUCGCUCUACUUCAACUUCCUCAUGCUUGGGAUGGUGUACUUCGGGCUCUCUCUCGGCGGCGACAAGUUCGGCGUGGACCCUUUCAUAUACAUGGUGCUCAGCGGCGUCAUGGAGAUCCCUGGCGGCACGGUCCUCAUACCCAUCGUGGAGAAGUUGGGCAGAAGACUUACCAGUGGCGUCGGCUUCUUCAUCACGGCCGGAGCGCUUCUUGUCCUCGGAGUCACUCCUUCGGGGAUUAACUGGUUGGUGACAACUAUGGCGAUGAUUGGCAAGCUGGCCAUAUCUGCAGCCUUCCAGGUCGUGUUCCUUCACGCCACUGAGCUGUUUCCGACGGAGGUGCGAGUGAGGGGUCUCGGGACCUGCAUCAUGAUGGGCCACGUCGGGUCCAUGACAGCGCCUUUUCUGGUGGAAGGGCUGGGUUCCAUCGGUACCUGGCUUCCCCUCGUCGUGUUCGGAGGCGCCUCUCUGCUCGCGGGAAUAGUCAACUUGAGGCUACCGGAAACACGAGGCGAACCCCUGCAGGACACUGUGGCAGGGCUCGAGGCUAUUGGUAACACCAGAAAACAAAAGAUACCAUCGGCGGCCAAACAAGAAGGCAGAGAGGAAUCGAUGCCGUUACAUUGACCUCUUCAUUCUGGUAUAAUGCGAUGCGUAGUAAGUUUGGAUAUUGUGAAUAUGUAUUGUCCUAUUGCUAUAUGCAAUCUGAUUACGAUAAACAAUCUCUAAACAUGCAUAUUAUUAUAACUUUUCAAUAAA